GCGAUGGACACGUUUGUAAAAGUUGUGCAUUGUUUUUUUGUGAUCUGUUCUACUUUUGUACACACCGUUCCCCCUGAUGCAUGUUUCGAGCCGUUCCGAUUUGAUGACUGCGGGAAAGACCCCGUCACCGUGAUGUACUACUAUAAACCAGGCUCCAGGUGUGAAAAGGCCGUGUGGAAAGGAUGCCUUCCCAACGAAAACAUGUUCCCAGACGAGUAUACCUGCAUCAGGACCUGCAUAUUCGCGGAAAGAAGAGGCCCCAAUGACUACGUCGAGCUGAAGGGCGAGAUCCUGGAAGAGGAGGAUAGUACUGAGGAACCGGCUAAUAACACUGCUACCGACUCUGACUUGAAUUCGACUGACGUGAACGUUGGUAACGAGACAGUGAGUAACGACACUAGCUCAAACACUAACGAUGCUAGUAGUAGUUCUGAUCCUGAUGCUAGUGCAACUCCUGAUCCUAGUGCAACUCCUGAUUAUAGUUCUACAACUGAUCAAGUCAAGUAAAGUAAACCGUUGGAAAAU